CCGCUGACUCAUCCCCAGCGUACUGACCCCACGGAGGGAAAAUCGGCGAGUUUCUGCCACACCCAUGAUGGACAUGUUUACGCGCGGGAAUGUCUUGAGCUGUUAAUGAAAAUCAUUUAAGAUCCGACUCUUCGAUCCAAUGUGAUUUCUCUCGUCAAUUCCUCCCCGCGACCUUGUACAACAUGCGCAUAUACAACUCACAUUUUCCUCCCUUCGAUCUCUCUGUCGCGCGCUGCUCCGUCUUUGACUACGUCUUCAGUAGUCCCGUUCCUGGACAUAAAGUCGCUUUCAUUGAUGGCACGAAUGGCUCUCGACGCGUCACACGCGAUGGCUUGAAAGAGAUGUGUUUGUCGCUGGCGUAUGGGUUACGAAACAAUCUGGAGAAGAUGGGGGCGCAUCCCCUACAUCGGGGCGACGUGGUUAUGAUAUUCAGUCCGAACUCCCUAGAAUAUCCCGUCAUGUUACUGGCCGCCGCUGCCGCGGGCAUCCGAGUGACUCUGGCUAAUGCAGCGUACACACCAAAAGAACUCGCUUAUCAGUAUAAGGACUCUACCGCGAUGCAUGUUUUUGUGGAUCCUGUUGUGCUGCCAGUCCUCCUUGAAACGCUCACGAGCCUCGGAGUUUCUGAUAAAGACGUACAAAGGCGCGUUGUACUCAUGGCAUUCUCUGACCGUAUCGACGAGAAGUUCAAGGACUGGAUCAAGCUGGACGAUUUAAUUGGAACAGAAAAGGCUGAGAGGGCGGCUUUCGAUGGGAUGCAAAGCAAUACGACGCUAUUUCUUCCCUACUCUUCGGGCACAAGUGGGCUUCCGAAGGGCGUGGAGACUACUCAUUUCAAUGUGAACUCUCUGGUGACCGUGGUAUCCCCUUCUGAGAUAUGCGAAUCCGACAUUAUUCUUGCGGUGCUCCCUUUUUUCCACAUCUAUGGGCUUGUUCAAAUUCUGAUGUUCAACGUGUUUCGUGGCGCUACGACAAUUAUUCUUCCUCGCUUUGACCUCAACAACUUUUGCAAUGCGAUUGAGAAGUUUCAUAUCACUUUCGCAUACGUGGUACCCCCCAUACUGGUUUUGCUUGCUACGCAUCCACUUGUGGAAAAGUUUGAUUUCAGCUCUUUGCGAUUAUUCUUCUCUGGUGCUGCACCGUUAUCAGCAGAUACUGCUUUGCGUGCCCAGACUCGGCUGCGAGCACGAGGCGGAAAUGUGUUGAUCAUGCAAGGUUAUGGCUUGACUGAAACAUCACCCACGUCCCACAUGAUGAUUACGUGGGCGAUCACCACCAAGGCAGGCUCUGUCGGCAGACUCUUACCGAAUUUGCAGACUCGCCUUAUAUGCGAGGACGAGGAGACUGAUGUUGAACCCGGCCAGCCGGGUGAACUUUGGAUUAAAGGUCCCACUGUGAUGAGGCAAGUCUCGUCAGCGUGGGGCCAUGAACAUAUCUCAUUCGUGAACAGAGGUUAUUGGCGAAAUGAAAAGGCUACCAGAGCUUCUAUCACGCCGGAUGGCUGGUUCAAGACGGGAGACAUUGCAGUUGUUGACCAGGAUGGAUUCUACUUCAUUGUUGAUCGGAAGAAAGAAUUGAUCAAGUACAAAGGAUUCCAAGUUCCUCCGGCUGAACUCGAAGGUCUGUUGUUAUCACAUCCGCAAGUGGAAGAUGCAGCCGUAAUCGGCUUGAUGUCAAAAGCCGAAGCAACUGAGCUACCGAGAGGGUACAUCGUGCCGAAGGGCGGAUUGAGUUCCCUUGACACACAUGCACAGUCCCAGCUGGCAAUCGAGAUACAGGAAUGGGUGAAGAGCAAGGUUGCUUAUCAUAAACAAUUGAGAGGCGGUGUUGUGUGUAUAGAUAUUAUCCCCAAAAGUGCAUCUGGGAAAAUUCUGCGCCGGGUUCUUCGUGAUAUGGCCGUUCAAGAGGCAGAAGCAAUCGAACAUGCGAGGCUGUAG